AUGAAAGGAGGUGGUUUCAAGGUGAGACCCACAACUCGUUGUAACUCUGCAAUAAGAAGGCCAGCCUAAGAAUUGGCCAUCCUGGAUCUGUAUUAGCAAACAACCAUCAAUCCCGUUCCCUAACUUAUUUUAACACCAACCUAAAGAAGUCUACGGCCUCGGCCUAAAACUGGCAUGAGAGUUACAGAUUAAUAUUGCACAGUGGCAACCCAAGAUAAUAAGACAGAACAUUACCUCAGACAUAAGACUGCACAAGGCUCUUACAGAACAAACAAAUAAUCAACCAAAAUUUAAUUGGAAACCUUAGCAGAUGGCUUACUAAAAAAAACUAGCAUCACAUAAUUAGAUACUGAUGUUCCAUAAUAAUGUGAACAGAAAUUGAAAACUCAACCUUUAGAUCUCUUCAAGUAUAAACAUUCUCUACAUUAUUAAUAGGAUUUCCCGUUCUAGUUCUCAAUAACAAGUGAAUACCAAUACCGUAUUGCAUCAACAAAUUUCUAAUUUGGAUAGAUAUUUAAUUUUGACUACUCUCGGACAAGGUUCCUAUGCAACCGUUAAAUUAGCUAGAGAUAAAUUGACAGAAAAGUACAAUUCAUUUAUAUAAUUAGACUAAUUGCAAUCAAGAUUUAUUCCAAAGCUAAAUUAUGUAAUUAACAAAGGAAAUAGCAAUUGAAAAGAGAAAUCCACAUUCUCAAAUUAUUGGACCAUCCAAAUAUCAUCAAGUAUGUCAAUACCAUCGAAACCCAAAUGGACAUCAAUCUAAUCGUUGAAUACGGUGGUUCCAAGAGUUUGCGAUCUUAUUUAAAAGUAUACUUGACCAUUUCCAAUCUUAGCAAUUUCCCAAUAGAAGACUCGAUGAAGACGAUGCAAAACUACUAUUUAGAUAAAUUGUAAAAGCCGUAGAUUAUUGUCAUUCAUUGAAUAUUGUACAUAGAGAUAUUAAACUUGAAAAUAUACUCCUAAAAGAUAACAAUGAGAUUAAAUUGAUUGAUUUUGGAUUCUCAGUCUUAGUUAAUAGAGAUUGCAAAUUAGGAGUAUUUUGUGGAACUCCUAGGUAAUUAUACUUCAUUUACAUAAGUUACAUGGCUCCAGAGUUAGUCAAUAAAUAGGAUUACUUUGGUAAACCUGUAGAUGUCUGGGCCUUAGGAGUUCUACUGUAUGUUUUAUUGACAGGUCAUUUUCCAUUUAAAGGAUCCAACGAUUCUGAUCUGUAUGGAUAAAUUAAAAAAGGAAUAUACCAAAAGGUUAAUGCAUCCCCUCAAUGUCAAAAGUUAAUUUCAUAAAUGCUAACCAUCAGGGCCAGCGAGAGAAUCACAACAUUAAGAGUAUAAAAAAAAUAAAAUUAUAGAUCUUGUAAGACAGAUGGUUCAAUUCUUGA